UCACUGCGGCUGGACUGUUCCGAGAGUUGGAUGAGAGGCGAUCAGCUGAAGUUUGUUGGACUCUUAGUUGAAGAUGCAGAAAUCCAAGGAUUUUCGUGUGGAUGAUUUCGUCGCGGGAUGGAUCGGCGGAGCUUCCAGUGUGGUUGUGGGUCAUCCGCUGGAUACCGUCAAGACGCGGCUCCAGGCAGGGAAGGGCUACAAGAACUCUCUCCACUGCGUCCUGACCAUCUACAAAAAGGAGACGGUCGCGGGGUUCUUUAAGGGCAUGUCUUUCCCACUGGCCAGCAUCACCGUCUACAACUCGGCUGUUUUUGGCUUCUUCAGUAACACUCAGAGACUCAUAAGCAAGUAUCGCUAUGGCGAUGGGCGACAUCCCUGUGGCAUGUUGGACCUGACUGUGGCCAGCAUGCUGACUGGACUGAUGUCCGUGGGCCUGGGAGCGCCGGUGGAUCUGGUCAAGAUCAGACUGCAAAUGCAGACGCAGACGGUUCUAGCAGAGAACCUGCACCUUGCUGGAAAUGUUUCAAAUGGCACCAACAUCCCUCUGCGCUCCGUUGACAUCCCCGGCCAGCGGCUGUACCGGGGCCCCAUCCACUGCAUCAGCAGCAUCCUGCAGACCGAGGGCCUCCAGGGCCUGUACAGGGGGGCCGGGGCCAUGAUCCUGAGGGACGUCCCUGGAUACACGCUCUACUUCAUCCCUUACACCAUCUUCUGUGACCUGUUGAAGCCGGACCCGAUGUCGAGCCCUCACCCUUGUUCCAUCUGGCUGGCUGGAGGCUUGGCGGGAUCCAUCUCGUGGGUCACCGCCACACCGGCCGACGUGGUGAAGAGUCGAAUGCAGGCCGACGCCCAGCUGCAGAGGAAGUACAGCGGGAUUCUACACUGCAUCAUCCACAGCUACAAGACAGAGGGUGCACAGGUUUUCUUCCGCGGCGCGUCCGUAAACGCCAUCCGAGGCUUCCCGAUGAGCGCCACCAUGUUUCUGUUCUACGAACUCUCCCUGCAGUUCUUCAGGAGUCUUUGAGUCACAUUUUGACGGUGAAGGAAUCAUACUCAGUUGUUUGGUAAAUUAUUUUGUCUCCGUGUCACCACUGACUUUCUUGUCAGACAAAGAUUUGGUUGGUCAGUGAUGUUUUUAGAAAUGACUUCAUGCUUCUGUUAAAUAAUAGGAAUGAGGACACCAGAGUCACCCAUGUGUUCCUGGGCAGAGCCUGAGCUGCUGCAAGUUUCAUGUUAGAACUUUAAACAGUUGACACUUGUCUUGAUAAGAAAUAUGUCUUUCAUGUAACUAGCUGCUAACAAGGCGGUCUGUAUAUGCAGGUACUGGGAGUGUUUCUGGUUAUUACCAACUCGAUUUGUAAUGUAAUAACAGUAAAUAUAUCCUGACAUUGGAAAUGCUAAAAAAAUUAGCAUAUUAAGGCAAACAGGAGACAAAUGAAUGACUUUGGUUCCAACAUUCACAUCAUUUAACGAAUGAUUUGAUUACAUACUUGAUGCAAAUUUACCAAAGAACUGUGUGUGUUCCUUUUAAAGGGAAUUUUGGGAUUAGAGGAAGCUUACCUGGUCAACAAAACGCACACUGCUUUGUCAUGAAAGAGACCAUCAUUAAUCAAAACCAUCGGUUUCAACCUGUAAACAAAGACGCACAUAAUAAUACUGUGUUAUUAUAUCACACAGCUGGUAUCUGUUUGGUUUGUUGUAAGGCAGCAGAAGUCUACUCAUGGAUUUGGCAAAACAUGACCAAUAUUCCACACUGAGAUCUGGUGAUUUAAGUGAUUUCUGUGGGCAGAUUUCUAUUUAAAUUAUAAAUCAGCCAUCCAGGGAUUUGGGGUCAGUAUCUGGACUUUAUUGGGUACUUUAUUAAUCAGUUAAAAGGGAGCUGCGCCGGUUUCUCAGUACGAUGAGAAAAUAUGAGUAAAGAAGUGAAACUUUUUAUGAACGAUGUGACAUUUUCAACAUACACAAAUCUUACAUUUACCAUGUUUGUUGCUUUUGCUCCGAGUUUAGAUUCUUCAUUAUUAUUUGUACAUAAUCCAACUGAUGAAAUGAUUUCACAUAAUGUAUUAACAGGAACAAAAUAUUUUCCACCAUAUAACCAACUUUAAAACUAGUUUGCGUUGAGUUGCCUGCUCUCAUGUUGUACUGUGUAAUGUUGAGAAUGACACAUCCUUUCAUUCACAACAGGCUGCCUUCCACUGCACAUGGACGGUGUUGGCGUCCCGCGUUACCGUCCACUUGUACAUACGUUUGUGCGUUUCUUAUAUUAAGAAAAGUGAGUUCUACAGGUUAUAUUUAACUUCACAUUAACAAACUUUUCUAGCAGCACAGUGACAUCAUUGCCUUUUUUAACGUGUGCAGCAUAAAUGUAAACUCGUCAACAGUUACUUAGUGCUUAGGGCUAAUGUCACAGACUAAAAUCAUUAAAACACUUUUUUGUUUAAAAAAAUUAUAUAAAACUUUACUGUUCCAUAAAGUUACAUUUAUUUUUAUUUUUUUUUAAAGAUUCUAAAGCAACAUUCACUUUGUAGAAUGGAUAUUUCUCAUUUUUGAGUGAAUACCAGAUAGAAGUGUUAUUUUGUCAUGUAAAUAUGUGUAAAUAUGUUAACUGCCAUUCUGGAUGGUAGAGAGCCACAAGUGUCUUAUUGUACAUAAAUAAAGCUUUUAAACACA